GUCGACACGGUCCAGGAUGGAAGCCUGAGGGGCCCCUCGGCGGCACGCGGUGAGGGAACAUGCGAGCCUCGUCAACGCCACUAAUACUGGAGAUACAAACAGAGGACCGGCCCCCGGCAUAAACACUCCAUGCGGUUGUUUGGAGCCACAAUAACCAUGCGGGGGCCACAUGGGUAUGGCGACCGGUCACUUCAGUACCUGAUCAUCAACACGGUUGACAUCCCCUGCAGUCUGGCUUUGUCGUGACGUCAAAGCGAGGUGGACGUACCUAUUUGGACAUGACGCUCUCAGCCAGAGGAGUUCCUCCCCCUCUACGUCAGGACACGAGGAAACAAAAAGUCCACGCAGCGAGGCUUCUCCACCCUCCUCCACCUCCUCCUCCUCCUCCACCACCACCUCCAGCUCGGAUCCGCCGUCGACCGCCCGUCGCUGCUUCUCCCGCAGGAAGAGCUGCAGCUGCAGGACACGGUGCCAUGCGCACGGCGACGUUUCCGCGUGGGCCCGCGCAGUGACAGCCGCGGGGGAUGGAGCGCUCGUCAUCGCAUUCCUGCAGACGCGACCGACGGUGAUCUAGGCGGGAGGCUGCGUCGUCCUCACCCAUUCAAGACUACGUCUUCGUCUCCGGGGGAGAUCGCUUCUUGGUGACCAGAGGAACGCACAUAAGCCUCAACAAUGGGGGAGCAGCCCAUCUACAGCACGCGGGCCCACGUCUUCCAGAUUGACCCCAACACCAAGAAGAACUGGCUGCCCACCAGCAAGCACGCCGUCACCGUGUCCUACUUCUACGACAGCACGCGCAACGUCUACCGAAUCAUCAGCCUGGAUGGCACCAAGGCGAUAAUUAACAGCACUAUCAGUCCCAACAUGACGUUCACAAAGACUUCGCAGAAGUUUGGCCAGUGGGCGGACAGUCGAGCCAACACCGUCUAUGGCCUGGGAUUCUCCACUGAGCAUCACCUGUCCAAGUUUGCAGAGAAGUUUGCAGAGUAUAAAGAAGCGGCGCGCCUCGCUAAAGAGAAAAGUCAAGAAAAGAUGGAAAUGGCCACCUCGCCCUCGCAGGAGUCUCCAGCUGGGGAGCUGUCCUCACCUCUGACCCCUGUGACUCCGCCCAUGGAAAACAUCAACGGCACCGACGACAUCUGCGACACCACACCCAACUCGGAAUCCAGACCAGAACCGUCGCAGAACGCGCUGGCCUUCGCUCAUAGCCCAGCUAUGACAAAACACUGGGAGGCUGAGUUGGAGGCACUAAAGGGGAACAAUGCCAAGCUAACGGCAGCUCUGCUGGAGUCGACUGCCAACGUCAAGCAGUGGAAACAACAACUGGCUGCCUACCAGGAGGAGGCCGAGAGGCUACACAAACGAGUGACGGAGCUGGAAUGCCAGAGCAACCAAAGCCCAGCCAUCAAAUCCCAGAAGACAGAACUCAACCAAACCAUAGAAGAACUGGAGGCAACGCUGAGGGACAAAGAAGAGGAAAUGGAAAAACUCAAAGAAGAAUUGGAAACCAUGAACGACCUCAUGGAACAGAAAGAUACCCUCUCCCAGAAACUCCAGGAGACGGAGCUUCGCAGUCGGGUGCUGGAGCAGCAGCUGGCGGGGGCCGAGCAGCGCCUGGAGGAAAACCAGGAAGAGCAAGAGAACUUCAGGAAGAGCCUGCGGACGCUGCUGGAGCUGCUGGACGGCAAGAUCUUCGAGCUGACCGAGCUCAGAGACACCCUGGCCCGACUCAUAGAGGAGGCCAGCUAAGAGACGGAGCUGCCACACGUCAGCGUCACAGAGCCAUAGCACCCACGACAAGCGAGAGCCCCGAAAUCUGAUCUUAAUCGUCCCCUUGCAGCCAUCAUGCAGUCUGGAUAAGCUUGUCGUGAUCUUCUCUCCUACGUGGGAACUGUGCCUCAGCGCCAUCUGUUGUUCGACCGCCAGAACUACACCACAGCUUUCAGCAGCAGCAGCACAUCACCCUUCUUCACGCCCCCCCCAUAACACCCGGAAAGUCAUGCGGGAAAAAUUGCUGUUGGGACUCGGAAAACGGCGCCAAACUUCCUCAAAUGUUGUCCUUUCGCUACGUUGAUCCAAAGUGACUCGGCGGUACAGAGAGGCAGCAAAGCAUCGCAGUACCGGAGAAUUAAAAGGUCACGCUACACAAACACUACAGAAGAGAAUCUCUGGUGGUCCAUAGUCUGGACACACACACACCAACUACUACUUUUGACAUCCUGUUUGAUAACAGCAGUGGCGUUUUGAUACCAGACAUCAGUGGGGCAUUAUGGCAGUUUAAAGUGAAUUAUAUAAAAUAUACAGUAAUACUUAUCUUUAACAAGUUCUGCUUCCUGUAAAAUCCUGAUUUGAGUCCAACAAGUUAUUGACUGACCGCUACCUAAAUUAAAAAUGGACACCAGUUAAAGAGGAGCUGCACUUAUUCUCAGAAUUGGGGCCGUCUUUUACAAUCCUCAUGUGAGUGCGUUCUAAAUAGUAAAACAAAACUGCUAGCAAGAGGCGGCUAACAAUACAGCUAAUGGAGAUUGACCUAUUCCGCCAAUAAAUCCUUCAAAAAAACCUCCAAAAAGCAAGUAUUGUGAUACAUAUCGUAUCGUGAAGUCAUUGUCAAUAACCAUUUCAAUAAAAUAAAUCCAUCCUUCCAUUUUCUACCGCUUGUCCCUUUUGGGGUGGCGGGGGGGUGCUGGAGCCUAUCCCAGCUGCACUCAGAUUUAUAUAUAUAUAAAAAUGUAAAUAUCUAUCUAUACUACGAUAUAUUAUUCGGCUUAAAAAUUUUAAUUUUUAAACAGGUGAAAUUUAUUUUCUUAAUUUGGCUGCUGACAUACGUGGUAACAUAUAGUGUCAUUUUCAGUUGUAUUAUUUUCUCAAAACUAUCAUUAAUCUACUUGUUGAUUUCUACUUUAAAUGUGAUCAUUUAUUUUGCUGUUGAUUUGACACUGACGAUACCACAAUAUUCCAAUGCUGACAUUCCCCUUUUUUAACAUCAUUGAACGAUUCAAUCAAUUUUAAAUCACAAUUACCAUCAGACAAAAACACAUACAUGUGUUUAUAAAUAUAUAUAUAAUUAUAAACUAAAUACAAUUAUUUAUGUUAUUUUUAAUUGUUUCUUUUUCAAUACAUUUUUUUUUUUUUUUAGAUAAUUCAUUUUUAAAAAGACGUUUUUUAAGCAAUUUCCGCGUUCGCCAGCUGAGCGCGUACGUCAUGCAUCAGCAACCAAGAAAAGCUUUUGUAACCCGUUUUGAAAAAAUGUUACUGUAAUUUUUAGGCGAAAUAACGUAUUGCGAGAAUCGGUUUGAAUCGAGAAUCAAUUCUGAAUCGAAUCAUCGCCCAAAGAAUCGUAAUCAAACGGCGACUUGUUUUAAGAUUCGCAUCCCUACAAGCAACUCUAACAAAAACAGACGUUUUUACCACAGUGCCAUCUACUGGAUGUGUUUGGGCACUGCCCCACUUUGUAAUCUCAUUCAAAAUGGCCACUGCUGGACUUGAUGUAUUCAUUUUGGGAAGGACGUAGGUUGGAUUGAGCGUGAGAGCGACUUGCAUCCAGACUGCUUUGAGCUGUCUUCCUGCCAACCUCAAUGUGGUGCGUGUGUGUGUGUGCCCCUCUUGCCCCAACUGACCUUUUCAAGCCCUGCUUAAAAGUGUGCCUUCUGAGCGCACGUUAAGUCUGUUUGUAAAUAAAAUGUGUGUUUGUGCAGUGACAUGAAGGCCUACACACACACACACACACACACACACACACACACACACACACACACACACACACAUUGAGCAAUACUAGACAUGCUCUGUAUACUACACCUCUAUUGUCAUCUUAUCAGGUACUUUUUCAAGUAGCGGACUACACACACAUUCUUGUAUUUCUGACCUUCUUGAGACCUUCAAAAAAUGCCUACCUCUUGAGGACCACCCUUUCUAGAUAUAUAAAGAUUUGGAUUUACAACAUUAAUAAUGUAUCCAUCCAUCCAUCCAUCCAUUUUCUACCGCUUAAUCCCUUCGGGGUCGCGGGGGGCGCUGGAGCCUAUCUCAGCUACAAUCGGGCGGAAGGCGGGGUACACCCUGGACAAGUCGCCACCUCAUCACAGGGCCAACACAGAUAGACAGACAACAUUCACACUCACAUUCACACACUAGGGUCAAUUUAGUGUUGCCAAUCAACCUAUCCCCAGGUGCAUGUUUUUGGGGGUGGGAGGAAGCCGGAGUACCCGGAGGGAACCCACGCAGUCACGGGGAGAACAUGCAAACUCCACACAGAAAGAUCCCGAGCCCGGGAUUGAACCCAGAACUGCUCAGGACCUUCGUAUGCAAAUAUAAAAAAGGCAAGCUUUUAGUUUUUGGUUGGUUUUUUUGUAAUUGUUUUUUAAUCUUCAUUAUUUAAUUCAAGUUAUUACAGUAUGUCUCUAUAUACAUAUUUUUUUUCUUAGUAAUUUUGGCCAAAGGGGGUGCAUUUCAAUUUCUUACACACACUUGUUAUUACAUAUAUUGGCCAGAGGGGGAGCACUUCCUUUUUUUUUCUCCCACACACUUGUUUCAUUUGUUGACCAGAGGGGGAGCACAUUUAAAACCGACACACAGUCAAAUUGAAAAAUCCCUCCUUUUUGGGACCACCCUAAUUUUGAUAGAUUUCACCACCAAGGGUGCAAAUGAGACAUUCUCUUUUAGAUGCAAUGGUUUUCUGUAUUGGGACCAUGAUUUAUGUCCUAACUUGUUCACCAGUCCUCAUGUGGAAGGUAUUUUUCCUUGUAGAUGUCUCAAGAAGGGUAGUAAUACAAGAACACACACACACACACACACACGUGUCAAUGCAGCUGAUGAACCCCCGACAAACAGGAAGUGUACUGCUGUUGACCGCUCACCUGUGUGGCAGCCCUGCCGGUCAAAGCGGUGUGUCGCGAAGGGCUUCUAGAGUGUUCUAUCGACUAAAUUGUGUGACUUUCCACCCUCAGUGAAACUGGCCACAGGUUCUCUUUCACUCCUUAAAAGUUUUUUUGUUUUUGUUUUUUUUACACACUUGAUAUAAUAGUGGUACAAUUAGAGAUCAAUAUACGACAACUUUGUAUUUGUGUAAAUUAAAUGAAGGCAAAUGCAGUUAAGUGUUACUACUUUGGACACUGAAAAUGCAUAACAGUGCAAUACUCGGAUACACCAGGUUGAUUAUUAUCAUUAUCAUUAUUAUUACUAUUAUUAUGAAUCCACGGCUGCUUCUUUAAAAGUCUCCAAAAUAUUUUGGGUUUUUUUAAACCUCACACAAGAUGCUGCAACUUCUACGGUCCAAACUCACGUGCUGAAUUGAGCACUUUGUGUAACCACAUGUAGAUUUAACUAGCACUUCAACCUAGUUAGUUGGUUAAUACACUGGGAAUAAGGACUUGGGAAGAAGCUUAAAUAUAACACGCUUAAUUGUUGACGAAUGCCUUUGUACAGUAGUGGAUAAGAAGCUUUUCUUUUUCUUUUUUUUUCUUGUUUUGUAAUGUAUGGUCAUUAUGUAAGUAUGAUUGUUGUAUUUAGAGGUAUGAGAAGACUGGCAAUAUUUUUGACUAUUUAAAAGUAAUUUUGAACUCAUGAUAUUAAAGAAGUACCUCAGGA